AUGUCCACCCCAAUACACGAAAUCGACGAGCCGAGAUAUUCGACCGGCACCACACGUUUUCCUGAAAUGGACGAAACAGAGGACGAAGCAGAGGACGAAGUCCGUGGUAGAGAUAAUAAUCUAAGGUUGGACACCUUGAACAUGACCAGAUCGAAUACAAGAACCGAACCAUCGCCAUCGGCUGCUCGUGAGCAGGCUCUACGACUAGACGAUGAUUUAGCCGUACUUCAAGCGGAGCGAGUGGUCUCGAACUCGCAGCGAAGCGAAGAGCACAACAGUGAAGGCACGUCACUACGUCAAAAUCGUUCACGGACCGAUCCUGUGGAUGAGUUUGAUAUUGCUACAAAUCCGCUCCAUGAAACAGCGGCCAUUUACAAUGCCCCGGAGGAUCCUCAUACCAAUAUAUCAAAGAUAUUGAAGAAGAUUCACAGCUCGAGUUUUCUCGUUCGUUAUGUUUUCUAUAUUUCGCCCAUAACGUUGAUUUUAUUGAUUCCGCUAUUAUUGGGCGCCUUGGUGUUCAAGUCGGCCAAUGUUGGAGGCGUGGAAUUGUUAUGGUUUUCCGUGUGGUUGGAGAUUUUCUGGUUGACGCUUUGGGCCGGUAGAAUAGCAGCAAAAUGCUUCCCUCCCAUUUUCGGCAUCGUCUCAUCUAUCUUCACCAACAACUCUAAAAAAUAUCGUGAUCUUGCCAGAGAGUUGGAACUGCCCUUGACACUCUUCUUCUGGUGGCUAGGAGUUGAAAUUUCUUUUCUGCCGACCAUGAUUAACCAUCACAUCGAUGGCGAUAGAUCAGUCAGAUCAUGGGAGAACACCAUGAACAAAGUUCUUGUCUCUAUAUUUGUUGGCGCUAUUCUCAACUUAAUCGAGAAGAUUAUUAUUCAGUUGAUCGCCAUCAGCUUCCACACUCGUACAUAUGCUGAUCGAAUCGAAAUCAACAAGUUCCAAAUCUCGAACUUGACGAAAUUAUACGCUUACUCCCGGGAAAUGAUCUCUGAAAAGGACGAGGAUUUUGAAGAACGUGGUAGUGGAAUACAAUCCGGCACCAAGACGCCUUUGAACGCACGAACUGCUUUGCGGGUUGGCAAGAAGACUUUGAACAAGGUUGGAGAUAUGGCAGGAGCUGUUGCAGGCGACUUUACCGGCAAGAAAAUCAACAAGAGCAGUCAUCCUCAUCAGGUAGUGCUCACUCUGCUUGGAACCAACGCUGGCUGUCAGGUGUUGGCGCGAAGAUUGUAUCGUACUUUUGUCCGUGCUGGAUUUGAGACCGUCUUUUCGGGAGAUUUGAAAUCUGCUUUUGACAAUAAUGAGGAAGCGGAUGCCGCAUUUACCAUGUUUGAUAAGGAUAUGAAUGGAGAUAUUUCUAUGGAGGAGUUGGAAGCCGUCUGCGUUGAGAUUGGUCGCGAGAGGAAGUCAAUUACAGCAUCUCUGAAAGAUUUGGACUCGGUCGUCUCGAAACUGGACGGAGUUCUUUUCUUUAUCGUCUGCGUCGUCACGCUUUUGGUCUUUUUAUCGUUGAUUUCGACUUCUGCUGCGGGUGUGUUGACAUCAGCCGGUUCAACCAUUCUGGCUCUGUCCUGGCUUUUCUCUGCCACGGCUCAAGAAUUCCUGCAAUCCGUCAUUUUUGUCUUUGUCAAACAUCCGUUUGAUGUUGGUGAUCGAGUGACUAUAUACGGUAACACCGGUGACGCAAUGAAAGGCGAUGACUACUUUGUCAAGGAGAUUUCUCUGCUGUACACAGAAUUCAAGAAAAUGCAGGGUCACGUCGUGCAAGCUCCAAACAGCUAUCUCAACACUUUGUUCAUUUUGAACCAGCGUCGUUCCGGUGGUCUUGCCGAAGCCGUGCCCGUUGUCAUCAAGUACGGAACUACCAUCGAACAAAUGGAGGCCUUACGACAGCGUCUGCUGGAGUUUGUGCGCACGGAAAACCGCGAAUACCAACCAAACAUUAUUACGGAGUUACGAGAAGUCACUGAAGCCUUCUCUCUUACUCUCAACGUGAUCUUCUUCUACAAGUCCAACUGGCAGAACGAAGGUCUUCGUCUCCAAAGACGUAACAAAUUUAUUUGCAUGUUGAUGUUAUCUAUGCAAGAAAUCGGUAUCGAAGGACCUCGCAUGAACCUCCAGGGUGCUCACGUCGACUAUCCCUUCCACGUCAGCCACCAUGGACAACCACCCAGCUACGUCGCCUCUACUCGGCCAGGCCCAAGCCAACAACAAUCAAAUGACACAAUUCUCGAAGAACGUGAUCCCAACCUCCCUGAAAACUUCGCAUUCACAUCCGGCAGCGCGGCUCCCAUCCGUGCCCAGCACUCCAUCCUCCGCAAGGGCUCAAUGACAGCCGCUGCCCGCGCACGCGGAGAAUCCCUGAGUCGUCCGGGCCGCCACGUCGACUUUUCCCUCGGCACAAACGCGUUGUCUGCAAACGACCUUAUGGGAGACGUUUUUGAAGACCGAACUCCCUCGCGGCUCGAAGAAGUCGUUCGCAAUGCCAAUCGUGAGGCGAUGGAGCGCCGGAUCCGAGAGGAUGCCGCUGCUUCGCGUGAAAGCCUUUCUUCUGCGUCGCGCGCGGCUGCUGCUGCUGCGUCUGCAGACCGUCAUUCGCGAACGUCGAUGGAGUCGAGGAGUUCGUUUGCUGCUGGACGGCCGAGCUUGUCAUCCUCUAUAGGUCGCAGUGGUGGUGGAUUCCUAGCAAGACUUGGUUCGCAUCACAGUCGCGGUAAGAGCAUGGAUAACGAGGAUUUGAUGGAGCAGGGGUUGAAGAAUCAGUAA